GUUUUUUUGUUUUUUGUUUUUCAUUUCUUUAGGUGAUCAGCAGUCAGUUGCUUCGCCAUUCCUACUUCAACAUCCCUAUGGUCAAUGCUGUGUUUAGACGAUCUGAACGCAGAGCAAAGACGUUUAGCUGCAACUUUCGCGUAGCGAUUGGGGGUAGUGAGAUCAUUAUUCCUGCUGUGACUUUCGUCCCUGAGGAAUUUUUAUGUGUGUUUGUCGAUGUGCAUAAUGAAGAUCCUUCUCUAUCCGAGAGGCAGACUCUUCUCAGUGAAGUGCCAUACGACAUAAUGUACCAAAUGUGUCGUAAGCUUGAUAUACCAGCCAGAGAAAGAGGGCAAUGGCGGGACGUCGGGCGCCAUUUUGGUGUUUCCGAGGUUGAUCUCCAGUCAUGCUGUCGGGAGUAUGCGUCCCUCGAUGGUAGUCCGUCAAGGGCUUUGAUGGAAAUUAUUUCCUUUCAAAGACCUAAGCUAACUGUUGGGGAACUGAUAAAAUUUCUGGAGGAACAUGGACGCGGGGAUGUGGUUUCUGUCUUGAGUAAAGUCAAGGACUAAAAACGUCUAUUUAGUAUCGCUGCAAACUUUACAUAGCUUUGUUUUU